UCAAGUUUUUUUUCCUGUGUGUGGUGUUGAACGAGAAAAAAGGAAGGCUGUGCGACGUGAGUUUUCCUUCGUCUGUCUAAAUUUUCGAUUUUUAUUUUGGAAAGGUUUUCUCGCGAGUUUGGUGGUUUCACUGGUUUCCAGUCGGAGUUUCCGGAUUCGGGCGUCCGUCGGUGGUGAAAUUCCAGUGCAAUAGCGUGCGAAAAAUCAGUUUUGAGGAGGUGGAAAAUUGCCAAUGUAAAGCACCGUGAGUGACGACUAAGAAAAAGAAGGCCAAAAUUUUCCUGCUCGACGAUCGGGGAGCAGAGCAGUCUUCUUUGACGUUGUUGUUUUUCUGCGCUGCUGUCUAGUUCCCCCGAAUCCAAGUAGCCACACAUUCGAUAUUCGAUCGACGGAAGACGAGCUGAAAAAAAUAGUGAAAACAUUUUUGGUUUUUGGGGUAGAUAUUUUUCGGAACGUCGUGAAUAUUUGUACGAUUGUAAGCGAGACGGAUUUCAGUGAUUUAUAAGCCAAAACAAAACAGAGUGGUGUACAAAGCCCAAGGCAGGAAGAGAGUGAAUUAAAGAUGGAUUCCGACGACGAAAGCUUCGAUGAGCACGAUUCCGGAAAUGUUUCCAGCGGAGACGAUGACUUUGCCAUGGACGUGGACAUCAACAACCCCCGGGAUCGUGGCCAGCAGGAAGAGGACUACCCGUUCGAGGUGCUGACGACGGAGGAAAUCGUCCAGCAUAUGGUAGAUUGCAUCAAGGACGUCAACACCGUUGUCGAGAUCCCUGCCACUACUACACGAAUUCUACUAAAUCACUUCAAAUGGGACAAAGAAAAACUAAUGGAACGAUUUUAUGAUGGAGAUCAGGAGAAACUGUUCAAAGACGCCCACGUUAUCAAUCCAUUUCGGAAGCCCAGCACAGUAAAUAAGCCAAAGAUCAAAAAAUCUGGAACGGAAGAUUGCGAGAUUUGCUAUUCGUCGUUUCCUCCCAGUAUGAUGACUGGACUGGAAUGUGGUCACCGUUUCUGUACGCAAUGCUGGCAAGAGUACCUGACCACCAAAAUCGUCGAGGAAGGCCUGGGCCAAUCGAUCGCCUGUGCCGCUCAUGGAUGUGACAUUCUGGUGGACGACGUGACCGUCAUGCGAUUAGUGCAGGACCCCCGAGUCAAGCUGAAGUACCAACAUCUAAUAACCAACAGUUUUGUCGAAUGUAACCGAUUGCUUCGUUGGUGCACUUCGGCGGAUUGUACCUACGCCAUCAAAGUGCAGUAUGUGGAUGCCCGUCCAGUUAUCUGCAAGUGUAACCACGUGUUUUGUUUCGAGUGCGGCGAAAACUGGCACGAUCCUGUUCAGUGUCGGCUACUGAGAAAGUGGAUAAAAAAAUGCGACGACGAUUCGGAAACAUCUAACUGGAUCGCGGCUAACACCAAGGAAUGUCCGAAGUGUAACGUAACGAUCGAGAAGGAUGGUGGCUGUAACCAUAUGGUUUGUAAAAAUCAAAACUGCAAGUACGAUUUCUGCUGGGUGUGUUUGGGAUCGUGGGAACCCCAUGGUUCCUCCUGGUACAACUGUAAUCGAUACGAUGAAGAUGAGGCUCGUGCUGCUCGUGAUGCUCAGGAAAAGUUCAGAUCAUCGCUUGCCAGAUAUUUGCACUACUACAACCGCUACAUGAACCACAUGCAGUCGUUGAAAUUUGAGCAUAAACUGUAUGCAUCAGUAAAAGCCAAAAUGGAAGAAAUGCAGCAGCAUAACAUGUCAUGGAUUGAGGUUCAAUUUCUGAAGAAAGCCGUUGAUAUCCUCUGCCAGUGCCGUCAAACGCUGAUGUGCACCUACGUGUUCGCAUACUACCUGCGUAAGAAUAAUCAGUCGCUUAUCUUCGAAGAUAAUCAGAAGGAUCUGGAAACGGCCACAGAAAAGCUGUCCGAGUACUUGGAACGUGAUAUUACGUCGGAAAAUCUCGCCGACAUCAAACAGAAGGUUCAAGAUAAAUACCGAUACUGCGAAAAACGCCGAAAAGUGUUACUUGACCAUGUGCACGAAGGCUACGAGAAAGAUUGGUGGGAUUACACCGAUUGAUAAAAUAUUUGUUUCGAUAUUAGUGCAAGUUUCAUCAGCGUGGGACUUUCGGAUGUCCGCUGAGAUAGGUGUACCCCUGUCCCUCCCUCUCCCUCCCAAAUCAGCAAACGAAAGUGAAAACAGCAACCCUGAAAACUCGUAGACAAAUCUAGCAAAAGAAAAUAUUUUCACAACGGAACAAAAUAAUCCGAGAUAAACAAGAAACAGUGAAUUAAAUCAACGGUUGGUUUACAACUUUUGGAUAAUGUGCUAUUGAUGGCGCAAAUACUCCAUUUUUUCAUAUUAUGUGUCAGAAAAAUAGAUUUACAUCACUAUUUGUUGAUAGUUCCGUUCAAAUCAAGAGUUGUUGUUUUCCUGUUUGUCCUCGUUCGUUUCGAUUCGAUUCAUUAAAGGUAAUAGAUUCAACUAGCGCUUAAACAGUUGGUAUAAACACUCUCACAAACGCCGCAAAAUCGUUCGUUCGCAAGAUUGAUUUCGUGCUCGUAAAAAGCGUAAAUGUACUCUAUGUAUAGUUGUAGCUAUUUUCACCUGUUUUCUAGUUGGCCAAGGGUUAUACGUGGCUGGACUCGAAAUGGCACGUAUUGUUCUGUAUCAGCUGUGGGAAGUAUCGAAAACCGAUCAGCAUUCGAUUUUUAGGUUGAGAUUGUUGGCUAAAGUGCAGCAGAAUGGAAAGCAAAAUAGUAUUUGAAUAUGGUAGAGUUUCUCCAUAUAAAUUUUCGUUUACAGUGUUCAUCUACCUCUUUUUCAACCUAAAACGUUCAACACAAGCACACUGGAGAAUUACUUUAAAAUCAAAAUUAGAAACUUGCCACAUACGAACAUCGAAGUUGUGUUCUGGGAUCCUCAACAAGAAUAUUGUCGAAUGAGACAUGACCGAUGACAGACAGAAGAUCUAAGGGAUAAAUUAUCGAGGAAAUAAUUGUUCGAAAAAACAGAUAGCUGUUUGUAAAAAUAACCGACUAGCUAUUUACGUACCCGAUGAUGAUGAUUGUUCGACCAUCUAUUCUUUCAGUCAUUUGUCGUUUGACCUAAUAUUAUUCUAUCAAUUUUCCUUGGUCUUGAAGAAAAACCAUUUUGCGAGAUGAUCAAUUAAGCGAUUAUCACAGAGCAAUUGGGUGAUAACUUUCGUGAUCAUUUUCGUAUGUAUACUACACUCAAUUCUGUUUUUACGCGUUUGAUGCG